AUGGGAAAACAUCCUGAACAUUCAAUUGAAGACGACGAGGAAGAAGAAGAAUUAGACGAAACAGAAUUUAUUGUCGAAAAAAUUCUUGAUCGAAAAGUUGUCAAUGGUGAAGUUUUUUAUUUUUUGAAGUGGAAAGGUUUCGAUGAAUCUGAAAACACAUGGGAACCCGAAAUGAAUCUUGAUUGUCCAGAAUUAAUUGCUGAUUAUCAUAAACGAUCAAAUACUCAAACUAAAAAAUCUUCAAAUGAAACAAUAAUUGAAAAUAAUACAACAACAACAACAACAAAUAAUAAUAAUAAUCAUAACAAUAAUAAUACUUCAAAUAAACGAAGAUUGGAAGAUAGUACUGAUCAACAACAACAACAAGAAUCUUUAGAUACAACGAAAAAAACUAAACGUGCGAAUGAUUUUGGCUAUGGACGUGGACUUGAAAUUGAAAAAAUUCUUGGAGCAACUGAUGUCUACGGUGAAUUAAUGUUUCUAAUCAAAUGGCAAUCAACCGAAAAACCCGAAUUAGUACCAGCUCGAAUUGCUAAUGUUAAAAGUCCUCAACAUGUCAUUCGUUUUUAUGAAGAUCGUUUAACAUGGGCUAAUACAGAUGAAAAUACAGCAGUUAAUCAAGAAAAACAGUAG